CUUUCGUCGUUUCUUCCUUUUACAAAUGAACGAGACCUAGUCUCAAGUCUCAAGUCUCAAGUCUCAACUCAACCCCUUUUAUUUUUUAUUUUUUAUUUUCUCUCUUUACUCUUGUUGUUGUUGUUGUUCUUCUUCAACCUCACUUUCUUUCUCCUCUUCUCGAAUCUUCGUUUUACCAUUCUAAUUUAGAAUGCCCACGUGGUGGGGUAGAAAAUCAAGCAAGAGCAAGCAGGAGGAGGAGCAGCCACAUGGCGGCGGCGGAGGCGGCGGCGGCGUCCUUAAUUUCAAUUUCAUCAAAUCUCCGAUCAGGAACGCUGCUCCCAAGAAAGGUAAGAAGCCCGAAAAGAAGAAGCCCAACAGCUUUGAUGAUUUCACUUCUCCCGCUGCUGCCGGCGGCGGCGGGGGGAGCGGAGGCGGCUGCGGCGGCCGCUCUUCCUCUGGAUUCUCUUAUUGUGAUUCCGAUGGCGGCGAGAAGAGAGGGCUUCCCUUGCCUCGUCCCUCUGUUUCCUCAACCCAAAGCUUCAGCAACGAUCAGGGGCUUGCCUUGGGAUCUGCUUCCAUAUCUGGUUCUAGCGUCAGCUCCACUGGCUCCUGCGAUGAUCAUCCAAUUUGUCACUCUCAGAUUAAUGGGGCCAGAGGACAAGUCAACGUGAGGUCAAAAAGCCCAGGUCCUGGGUCAAGAGGGCCCACCAGCCCUACAUCACCUCUUCAUCCAAGGUUGCAUGUUUUGAGUCUUGACUCCCCUACAGGCAGGCAAGAAGAUGGAAGGAGUCAAUGUCAUCCAUUGCCUCGUCCUCCAGGCUCUCCUACUAGUCCUUCUCUUUCCAACACAAGGGCGAAUGGACUGCUAGAAAACACUACCAGUAACCCUUCCAAAUGGAAGAAAGGAAAGCUUCUAGGACGGGGAACAUUUGGGCAUGUUUACCUGGGAUUCAAUAGUGAUAGUGGACAUUUGUGUGCAAUAAAAGAAGUCAGGGUUGUCUCUGAUGAUCAAACAUCAAAAGAGUGCCUCAAACAACUAAAUCAGGAAAUAAGUUUACUUAGCCAGCUCUCACAUCCAAACAUUGUUCAAUACUAUGAAAGUGAUUUGGGAGAAGAAGCACUUUCCGUUUAUCUGGAAUAUGUCUCUGGUGGUUCAAUUCAUAAAUUACUUCAGCAAUAUGGAGCCUUCAAGGAGCCUGUUAUUCAAAAUUAUACCAGGCAGAUUGUCUCUGGACUUGCCUAUCUUCAUGGGAGAAACACAGUACAUCGGGAUAUCAAAGGGGCUAACAUACUAGUUGAUCCUAAUGGUGAAAUCAAGCUGGCGGACUUCGGCAUGGCUAAACAUAUAAAUGCUUCUUCCUCGAUGCUUUCUUUCAAAGGAAGUCCAUACUGGAUGGCACCUGAGGUUGUUAUGAAUACAAACGGCUACAGUCUUCCUGUUGAUAUAUGGAGCUUGGGAUGCACAAUUCUUGAAAUGGCAAUAUCAAAGCCUCCUUGGAGUCAGUAUGAAGGGGUAGCUGCAAUAUUUAAAAUUGGUAACAGCAAAGACAUGCCUGAAAUUCCUGAUAAUCUCUCAAAUGAUGCAAAGAAUUUCAUUAAGCUUUGCUUACAAAGAGAUCCAUCAGCUCGCCCAACUGCCCAAAUGUUACUAGAUCACCCCUUUAUUCGAGAUCAGUCAGCAACAAAAGCUGCAAAUGUCAGAAUAACCAGGGAUGCCUUCCCCUACAUGUUUGAUGGAAGCCGGACACCGCCAGUUUUAGAUCAUCAUUCCAAUAGAACAAGCAUAACUUCACUGGAUGGAGAUUAUGCAACAAAGCCAACUCAUGCCGCUACACGAGCAGUUAGGAGUCCAAGAGAUAACACAAGAAUGAUCACAUCUUUACCAGUAUCUCCCUGUUCAAGUCCAUUACGACAAUACGGGCCAGCACACAAGAGCUGUUUCCUUUCUCCUCCUCAUUCAACUUACACAAUGAUGGGACAAAAUACCCUCUCUUCAUAUCCAGUGAGAUCAAAUGCCACAUUCACUCUUGAUCCUUGGCAUGAAACAUCUUUAUACAAAGUCCACACACCCGGGGGAUCCCCAAGAACAAGACUCAUUUGAGUUGCUGAUUGUAAAUACCACUAUAAUCUUGGUUUCCCCAGCAUGCCUUUUAUCUGUGGUUGAACUUUCAUUCAAUGCGUGCUAUGAAAGUACACAAUCUAUCUGAUAGAUUCUGGUCGAUUCUUUAUGCAUGAGAACUAGACAACGGUAGAAUUGAGGGGUAAGAGCUCUUGAUGCAGGCAUUGGACUGGGGAGACCUUGCAGCUUGUAACAAUUUAUUGAUUACUGUAAAUGCAAGGUGUUUACUGUGUUUGUAGUAACGUUUAUGUUGUAUAUUGUUAGUUCAUGGCAGAAGGAAAAAAAGAGUACUAAUUUUUCAUACAUACUCUCUUUCUUUUUAAAUAAUUUUUUUUAGUUGAGAAUGACACGUGUAUGGUUUGGUGCCAAGCCAUCACUUGCAAGAGCCUGAACGAUGAGAUUGAAAGGACCAGUUUCUCCGGAAUGUCCAAAAUAUUUGGAAGCAAUUUUAUGUUCAUUUUUAUUUCUUAUGGCGA